UCACAAGAAAAGCCAAGCACAGCACAUGUACGGAGCAAUGGCGGCGGAAGAUGAGCGCUUGCAGCGGGUUCGCCUGGACAAGGAGGUGGCGGCCUUCCUGUCGGCACAUCCCACUUUUGCGCCCCUCCUGGAAGGCGUCCAAGAGAGCCUCCACGAAGUCCGGGAGAAGCGCGGCUUCGGCGGGGUGCAGAAGGCCCUGCAGAUCAUCGCGAAGGCGGAUUUGAUGGGCACAGAUCCGAAGGCGCAUCUGGUCGGAUCGCUCAAGGAGUUGGCCAACUCUGCGCGAAGCGAUGAGAAAGGCGAAGAUGCGAAGGAGAGCCAGUACUGCGACCUUGGAGAGUCUUUGACCAGCACGGCGUCGCCGGCGCUCAGCGAAGCGGGAGAGAUGGGGGACUCGUCCUCUGCCAGCGUCAGCAGCUUCAUGGAGCAAAGGGACGAGGUUUCAGCCAGAGCGACACCUCCUGAAGUCCCUGUUUGGGCUCCUCCAUAUGCUGGCAGCUUGCAAUACCUUCAGGACAUGCUGGGCUACAUGGAUUCCUACUGUCAAGGCAUGCGCUCCUGGCAGCAGCAGUGGGUAAGCCUUGUGGAGACGGCGUGUAGGACUGUGCUUGACUCUGACUUCAAGGAGAUGGUGCUGGUUGGAAGUCUGGCCUUAUCACUGGAAACUCCUGGAAGCGACGUGGACGUCGUGUGCAUGACCCAUUCUCCAGCGGAUCAAGUCGAUGCGGUGGCAGUGCUGAGGAAAGUGAAAGAGAUAUUGACCUCGGACAGUCAUUCCAGUGGAUUCCCCGAGGGCUUCCAAGCUGUGGUCAUUGAUGACGCUCGGAUUCCUAUCUUGGCGGUAUCAUCGGAGAACCAGGUCCUGGUGGACCUCGCCAUCAACUCCCAUCACUCGAUCCAGCAUGUGAAGUGGUUCCACCACAUCGGAGCAGUGCCACCCAAUCCUCCCAAAGUUGUCCAGGUCCCCGUGCUGACCGUGACCCUGCGCUGCAUCAAGUGGUGGCUGAGGAUGCGGCGCAUCCCCCGGAUGAAGGACGGCGCCCUGCCCACCGUGGCGUGGAUGCUGCUGGCGAUGCACGUCUCAGCGGAGCAGAGCGGCUGUCUCGCCCCCGAUCUCCUGGCUGAGAACCCCUUCUCGGCCGUGCUGACGCUCCUGAGCGCCUUCUUCCAGCGGUACACCACCGUCAGCGGCCUGGAUGGCAAGCUGCGCUUUGAGAAAGGCUCAGCGGUGUCUGUCUUCCAGCAGCACGCGCGCCCGAAGCGGCCGUGCCACGCAGAUCUGGUGGUGAUUGACCCUGAAACAGGAGUGAAUUUGGCACCUCCCAUGUCACCGGCGACCCACAUCUUGCUGGUUCACGAGCUGCUUCGUGCGAGGUCGCUGCUGAAGGAUACGUUAUGCUCGGGACAGAGCCAUUAUCUGCAUGCUGCUUUCCAGCCGGUGCCAGAGUUUGCCAAUUCUUUGCCCGCCUCGUCUUCGGGAAGUUUUGAUGCAUUGGUCUUCGUGAAUGGAAACGGAGAGAGCUCAUGUACAGUGGAGCUCGUCCGAAUCCACAGCGUUCACAAGACCCCAUGGUGGCAAGCGCCGUUUCUCGCUCGCUGGGAUAUGCAAAGCCGCUUGGAGGCGCAUCUGUUUUGUGAGCAGCAAGCCGCGGGUCGAUGCUGCUUUGUUCAAAGCCAGGCUAUCACUUUGGCUCCUUGGAAUUUCAUUUGCCGUGUGGAAACGACCGGCGAUGAGAAAGUUGGGCUGGCUCUAGAUGAAGAAGCUUUGCACUGCUUGAGGAGCAUGCAGGCAUUGGCGUCUGAAAUGCAGAGCUGGGCUGCAGUGAAGAGCAGGUGAGAGGCGCCGGGAAUCUGGCGUUCACAGCUGCCAAUGUGUGGGAG